AUGAAGCUCAAUAUCGGGAGCAAUGCUCUUCUCUUCGCCUCUCUCGUGUCGUGUAUUCCACGCUCCACGCUGGGAUUCCCUCUCACCCAAGCAAUCGAUUCUCUUGGACCACAGUCCGGGCAUGACAUCUUCAACCCUCGUCUCGGCGGAACCUACGGCAACGACAUACUGUGGCAAGAUGCGGACAUCUCCUCCCUCGAGACAAGGAAAAGGGCAGCUGCCGUCGGAGCACGGGGUUUUCCGAAGGGAUUUAUUCCAGAAGCUCCGCGGCUUCCUGUUCCACCACCCCGAGCUUUUCCCGGAGGCACUGCUGGCUUGACGAGUGGUCCGGCUUUCUCAAGCGAACGUCCCAAAGCGCUCGGUCCUGGUGAUCCGCCUCCUCGAACGGUCACGCCACCUCGCGAGGACCCGCCAGCCCCGAAGUCAGAUUGGAAAGCCAUUCCAGAGGAUUUAGACCCUGGGACUGGUAAGAAAGGUCUGGAUGAGGUCCGGAGUGUUGAGGAGUACGAGACCGAUGGCCACGCGGCAAUCGCAGAAUAUGCUGAGAUCGCCGCUGGUCCAGGCCCAGACACACUUAUCGGAACCGCUAUCCCCGGACAUACGGCCUUCCCCAAUUUUCGCAGCUUGGAGCAUUAUCGCGUCGACGAGGAUGACUGGGAGUUCGACUACAAAUUACAGAACGGAGCGUACAGAGACUUGCUGAAGAUCUUCAACUCCAACGAGCUGGGCUUCAAUCUCAAGGACAACAAGGCCAAUGUCAAGAUGAUUUCUAUCGCAAACAAGAAGGGUGGGGCACCAAUCAACAGGGGCAUAUACGAUACAGAGGGCAGAUUCAUCAUGUAUCAAGAGGCUGACAAGAGGGCCCAACCUAAAGAUGGGUACCAAUUGCCAGUCUGGGAAAUGGGCAUGCAGAGUUUCAUUGAAUCAGCACCUGGUAAAACACAAAACCUCAAGGUGGUGUUCCUCAUGGACAUCCAGAAUACCGAGUUCUACAAGAUCGUCAGAGCAAAUUACAACGAGGCGAAGCAGCCCUUCGACCAGAUCCUCACAUUCAACAGCGGCACCCCAGCCUUCAACCGCAUCAUGGGCAGCCCAAACUUCAGGAGCAAGUUCCUUGCUUACGGAUACCACCACAAUGCCAUUGGGAACAAGGUCCCUGACAAGGUCGUCGUUGCCCCAAAACAGGCCCAAAAACUGGCCGAGGGGGUGUCUGGAACACAGCUUUAUGCUGCUGUCAUCUUCAAAGAAGCAGCGUCCGCAUGA